GAAUGCGGAUUAUCAUUAGUUAAUGUGAGGAUCAUGGCUCUACAAAAUGCUUGGCAAAACACGAAGGAGCGUGCCCGCGAGACCUGGGCGCAACUCACCUGGUCCGAGGUGUCUGGCUCGCUGGGCGACCUGGGCACGUUCCUUCCUUUGCUGAUCGGCCUGGUUCAGAAGGUCCAUCUGGACCUGGGGACGACCCUUACUAUUACAGGUCUGUACAACAUCAUCAGUGGGUGGCAGUUCCGCAUCCCCAUGUGCGUGCAGCCGAUGAAGACCAUUGCCGCGGUGGCGCUGGCGGGCGGAGCGGCCGGUCUGGAUCUGCCUCAGCUGCUGCACGCGGGCCUGUUCGUGGCGGGCUGUGUGGGGCUGUUGGGUGCCAGCCAGGCCAUCGACCUGUUCAACUGGCUGGUGCCGCCACCCGUCAUCCGCGGCGUGCAGCUGGCGGUGGGCGUCAAGCUGGCCAUGAAGGGUGUAGACAUGGCGUUGCGGCUGCACGGCGGCCCCUCCAGCGGCUGGCGGCCGUGGCUGGGCACUGAGGGGCUGGUGGUGGGGGCGGUGGCGCUGGCGGCUAUGAUCGCGACCACCCUGCCGCCGCGUGCCGCCCGCCGCGGCACCCUGGAAGCGGCCGAUGAGGGCGGUCUGGGCCCCCGCCCCACUGACACCGCCUUCGAGCCGCUGCUGCGCCGCCUGCCCGCCUGUUGCGGCGGCGGCGACCGCGCCCCGCAAGUGGAGGGCGCCGCCGUCAGCGCGGAGCGGGCGGGGCUGCUGGCGCACGCGGAGGGCGGCGAGCGCAGCGGCAACCUGGAUGACGGCACGGAGGCGGGCGUGGGCGCUGCGGCUGGAGGUGGAGGGUGUGGCGGAGGUGGAGGCGGCGGCAGGAUCCCCAGCGCGCUCAUUGCGGUGGUGGUGGGCCUAGCGAUGGCGGUGCUGCACCGGCCGGGGCUGGUGUGGGAGCUGCGGCUGGGUCCCACAUUGCCGCGCCUGCUGCGGCCCUCCUGGCCCGACUUCAAGACCGGCGCGCUGCGGGGCGGGCUGCCGCAGCUGCCGCUGACCACGCUCAACUCCGUCAUCGCCGUGACACAGCUCGCUAACGCGCUCUUCGGCGACAAGCCGGAGGCGGAGCGGCGGCGCUGGCGGCCCUCUGCGGUGGCGCUGUCAGUGGCGCUUCUGAAUGGCGCGGGCGUGUGGCUGGGAGCCAUGCCCUGUUGCCACGGCGCAGGCGGGCUGGCGGCCCAGUACAAGUUCGGCGCGCGCACGGGCCACGCGCCCAUCCUGCUGGGCUGCAUCAAGGCAGCUCUGGGGCUGCUGUUUGGGGGCAGUCUGGUGGUUCUUCUGGAGGCAUUCCCGCAGCCGCUGCUGGGCGCGCUGCUGACUGUGUCCGGCAUUGAGCUGGCGUCCGUUGUGCGCCACACGCGGUCUCCCCGCGGCUACACCUUUGCGCUGCUGACGGCCGUUGCCAUCCUGGCCCUGGACAACACCGGCACCGGCUUCCUAGUGGGGCUGGUAGGAGUGGCGGCUGUAGCAGCCUACGAGGGCGCAGUAGCAGCUGCGGCCGCUCGUUGGCCGCGGGUCUUUGCUCGCGGUGGCAGGGCGUGAAAAUGAGAGGGGGGGGGGUUCUAUGCCCGUGCCCAGCAACAUUGGUCCCAAUUGUCAGGGAAUUGGGGGGGGGGGCGGGGCGGGGUGGAGGUCUGGGACUCUGGAUGGUGGCGGUUCGAUAGUGUACAGCAGGAUGACCUACACCAGGGAUUACCUGACAGCAGCGUGGGGGAUAGCGCUUGGGUCCGUGUGUUCUGGGAAAGGGAAGGGUGCGGUGUGCAUGGCGCCACAUCAGCUACCGCCUUUUCGCAGAGGCGUUGUCGGCAGAAAUGUGACAGAAUCGCGGGAUUGACUCGUUUGUUGAGUCGGAGCUGCCAGCGGGGAUUGAUUCGUUUGUUGAGUAGUCGAGUACGUAGGAGCCGUCAGCGGCGGGCUUCACGGCGGGGGCCUGUCAUGUUCGGGGUUCUCGUUGCGGUAAGUUCAUGGGUCACUGUGGGAGGAAAGGGAGCCGUUAGGACGGUCCUUGAGUGCAUGCAAGAACGGCACGCACUAGAGACGCCACCGAGCGAACGUAAUUGAAUGGGGACCAAACAGGGUCCUCCCCAGUUGCCGUCCUGCAGGAGGCACCAGAUCCCAUCUAUAUAUCCAACACACACGUCUAACACCCAUGACUUUCAAUCGACCGCCGUGCAUCACUGCAUCCAUCGAACUAUGGAAGACCGCAGACCAACCGUUCUCCGUAUGACAGCGCAAACCAUGGAAUACGGCACAUGUAACAAGUAGCCCGC